AUGAAUCAUAAUGGUAAAAAAUCAAUCGAACUGUUGAAUAAUUUACCUCGUUAUCGUCGAAAUUACGUUCGCUUUCGACAAAGUUCAUCUCGGUCACGAUCGAGAGAAAAAACUAAAAUCGUUGCCUUACGUCCAACCAUCGACUAUCGCGCUAAACUAAUCUUACUCAUCCUACAAACUCUUUCUCUCUUCCAUCUAUGCUCUGUCAUCUAUUGUCAUCAAAAACACCCUUUACUAGCCGCGAGAUACACUCUCAUCACACUAAUCAUUCUCAAUUUUCUAACUUACAGUUGUGUUCAAUACGAUACGCAACAAGUUGAACAUGGACGGUUGUUAUUAGGUGAAAGUCCACUGUUAUUUCUAUUUUGGUACGGAGGACUUCUCGGUGGUGGAUGGGCAUUGUUAAACGAAAAACAUAAACAUCUACGUAGUCAAGCAUUUCGAUCUCGAUUGAAACUGAUUACAUUCUUCAAUGCUACCUGGCCUUUUCUUGUCUAUAUUUUACAUAUGUAUCGAAAUGAAUGUUCAUUUAUAGAUGCUUCUCGUAUGUUAUUACCACUAUUCGAAGCCUAA